UGGACUGUGGAACGCGCCAAUUGUCAAUUAGUCAAGUCAAUGAUUUUGAUUUGUCAAAAACUUUGCAAAAACGUAAAAACCUCUGGUGAAGUGUUGAGCAAAAGCGAAUUAAUAAAAAUAAUUUAACAUUUGCAAUGUUCCAUUUUUCGAAUCUAUCUAAAAAAUAUUCAAUUAAAAUUCAAAUUGGUGGAGUUUGAUUAGUGAAUGAUAAUUUUUGUAAUUCCCUUCACAAAAUGUCUAUAUCUAUAAAAGAGUUUAGUAAGGCUUGGUGGACUGAAGUGUACAAUCGUAUUAUCGGCGCUACGGUCUUCCUGGACGAUUACAGUGCCGAGUGCUUACAUUGGGAAGGAGGACUUUACAAUCUUAUUAGCAAUGGAGCGGUUACUGUUAAGGGCUUGUCGCCUUUUGAGACAGGGACAGGAUCAGGGAAGGCAGUAUUUAUAACACAAGCAACAUCCACUCAACUUCGUAUAAUUUGCGAGAUAAUUCGCAGGAGUGACAUUACCCAUUGUACCCUCAUAUCCUGUGUCAGCUUGGAAAUCGUUUACUUAGAAAUGAACGAGGGAAAAGAUGUCAGUGAUGCUAUGUUAGCGGGGAAGGCUCAAGCGGAGGCAACAAGUCAAUUGGAAAACAUGCUCAAAGAGGCACUCAAAAAAAAGCAAUCUGUAGUGGAAGUUGUCUAUAUACCUCUUUUUGCUAUAUCUCCAACAAAUGUAGUCUUUUUGACACCACCAUGUCGAGAAGUAUACCCGAGGUUUGAUGGGAAAUUGACUCCGGACACACCAACUUUAGACUUGUAUGCUUUAAAAAGUGAUGAGAGAGGUCUAGUAAGAAGACUGGCUAGUGGUCUCAACAGUAUGUUUGAUUCUAUGAAUAUGAAGGAAGAUAUAUUUUACAUGGGUGCCUGCAGCUCAUUAAUUGCUGGCAUUUUAGAGAACUCGCCGGUGUGUGUUUCAAGAAGAAAGAAUUGCUCCAACCCUGUCUCAUUAAUACUUGUUGAUCGAACAUUAGAUCUCUGUGGUGUAACGGGUCACUCAUCGGAAUCCAUUCUUGAUGAAAUUAUGGCACUACUUCCUAAGUUUCCAGGGCACACCAAUGAUGUCGCUGUUGAUAUGUCCUCACUCUGUGAAGUUGAUUUAAUUUCCCAUCCGGACGAUGUGCAGUUGAGUCCAGGGUGCUUAUAUCACCCUAAUGAUGAUUCCUGUGCCCAAACCUACGACCACAUGAUCAACAAAUCAGAAAAGGAAGUGAUGUUUGAUUUAUACAAUAAAUUGUCAAAACUUGAUGUUCAAAAAUCACCAGGUCCUAAAGUACUUCUAAAAGUUACGUCGCAAAGUUUGGAAAAGAUAAUUUCAGCAUGUAAAGGUAAUUAUGACAUUAUUGGCAAGCAUCUAGGCGUAUUGCAGCAAGCAUUGGGUGUGGUGCAAACUUUAAAAUCUCCAGGGCGAGCGGAAUUUCAAUUAUUCAUGAAUCUAGAACGACAAGUACAAGAGAACCUUGCUGCUAGCAGAGACUCCACUAGUGUAGUGAAUCAGAUAAGUCAUCUCAUUAAGACAAGAAAGCAUCGUAAUAUAUCUUUCGAGAAUCUCCUGGCCCUACUGGUUCAUGUAUACUCCCUAGUGGGAACGGAAGUCAUGUUCAACAAGCAGCAUGAGGAAAGUUUACAGAAAUCAAUCAGUGCUGCCAUAUACGAAGACCGUGCAAGUUUAUUUAAUCGCGAUUUUUUUCAUAUGAAAACACGGGAAGAGUGUGAAGUGAUUGCCAAGGGAGUAAUGGAUCGUUUAAAAGAAAUCUCACAGAUGAGAAGGAUUUUGCAUAAAUACAACUCCAUAUUAAAGCCCUGUGAGACGGGAGUUGGUCACGAGUACCGAGGAGUCUUGCAACAGUUGGUUGAAGAUUUAGUGAAUACUGAUCGGCCUGAAAUGGUGGACCUACGUCACAGGAAUGAGGGCAUCAAGGAUUUCUUAAGAAGUGGACUGAAUAUAUUAACAAGCAAGAAGAAAACAACAAAACAUCCAUUGGACAACUCGACUGUAAUACUCUUUGUUGUCGGUGGCAUCACUGCUGAGGAGUGCAAGCAGUUACACCGUACUGUUAUAACCAGCGGUGUGGACAACGUGGUACUGAUAGGAUCCACUAAAUAUGUGACUCCACUUGACGCGGUUGUGGAUGCUCUUAAUAUUGAUGCGCAUAAAGCCUGAACUUUAUAAUUUCUGUUAUAUAGCUGUGCCUGCAACUUCGUCCGCGCAUUGAUCA